AUGGCCUGCCGCGGUGAGAAGAAACCGGCGAAUUCCACCCCGCCGCGGAAGGGCGGUUCCCCUCACGGAUCGGUCUAUGGAAGCUCUUCGGCACCUCGAAAACAGGCUGCCUGUACAUUCUCUCCUUCGGUUAGAAGCAAAGAUUCACUGCAAAAGUUGGUUACACCAGUUCAUCCACAGAAACCUGUAGACUCCAUAAGCAGUCAGUGUAGUACAGGAUCUGACUCUGGAGCUGCCCCACUUGAUAUAUGCAUGAGUGCUAACAAAUGCACUGUCAAGUUAAAACCUUCUAUACUCGAGACCACCAGAGAAAAAAGGCGAGACAGGGAAUGUUCCAAGGAUGUAGCUCCAUUGCAAUUGAGACCUGAGAUGGUUCUGUUGAAAAGAUUCAUAAAGCCUGAUGAUCAGGUUAAAAUUGUCAAAUUUUGUCGGCAACUUGGUGUUGGUCCUGGGGGAUUUUAUAGACCUGGCUACCGAAAUGGUGCUAUGCUCAGACUGUGGAUGAUGUGCUUAGGGAAGAACUGGGAUCCAAAUUCAUACUCAUAUGGAGAUAGACGUCCGUUUGAUGGUUGGCAUCCAAGCUUCCAAUGA